GAUAUUAAAAUAAAUUUCAUAGUAAUAUAGUAAUACACAUUUAUCGCAAAUAAUUAAAUAAAAAGAACUGCUAAACCCGAUGACGCCAUCGAUAUAAAAUUCAACAAACGGUGUGAAGGUUGUUCGCCAUCGCUUACGUCUUACGUCGUCGUUGGCAGUGAACGGAACGAAGUGUCGUCGUAUAGAUCGCUCGCUGGCUGGCUGGCUGAAAAUAGUGAACCAAAGUAUGAGUUUUCGAAAUAUGUUCGAAUAAAAAGUGUGUAGUGAGUGACUGUCAUCCAGCAAGAUGGUUGAUGACGUGAAAGAUAUUACCGAAACCGCUGAAAGUAAAGCGUCGCAGGAAGCGUUAGAUCGAGCACGACUAGCCCGCGAAAGACGCGAGGCAGAACAGAGGAAACGUUUGGACGAGUUACGCGCACACGCAGCCGCUGCGCAAGCGCAGAGAGAGAAAAGAGACGAAGAAAGGCGUCGGAGACAGGCAGAGCAACGCGCGAAAGAUGAUGAGAGGCGAGUACAGGUGAAUCAGUCAGUUGAAGAACGCAAGCGCGCGAUAUGGGAGGCAUCAAUAUCGCGCCGCGAGGCGUUGCUGCAACGCGAACGCGAUCGGACGGAGCGGCUGGAGCGGCAGCGAGCCGCUCGCUCCGCUCCCCGGCCGGCCUUCGCAUUCGGCUCGUCCACACCUCGAUUGCUGGAGCCGGUAGACUCAGCUGGAUUCUUCUGGGCCGCGCGCAGUACCAACCCCAUAGAUCAGAUGAACUUUUUUGAAUCACUGGCGGCAUCAACAACAAAUGUGAUGUUCGCGUCUGCGCCGCUCACGAGACGCGCUUCCGCGUUGCAAUUAGACACUUCAGACACUGACAAUAAAGGAGCUGUGAUGUUCAUGAGUUUCUAUGAGCCCGAGCGCAGUCCAGCGCCGGUAAUGUGGUCGUCGGUGGCGCGGCGGCGCACGGACCUGGUGCCGACGGUGCCGGCGCCGCGAGCCCCAGGUAGGGCCUACUCCAUGACGCGGCUCGACCGGCUCCCCUCCAGCCGACCGCUGCACUCCGCCUCGCCAUCCAUGCAUCACCUCAACAGGGCUCAGCCGCGGUCUGGCGACACGACACCCGGGUCGAGGCCGGGGAGUGCACUCUCCAACGCGACCGCAGUACUCCGCCGUCCUCACUCCGCGCCGCGGAAACCACGCCCCGCGUCCAUUGCAGGCACUGGAGUCAAUACGCCUAAAGGCGGAGUGGGCGAGUGCGGGGGCGGCAGCGCGGCGACGACGCCGAGCGUGUCCCGCGACGGCAGCGUGCUGGCGGCGACGGACGCGCCGCGACGGACCACGCCCGCACGCCGGCCCCGCCCCGCCUCGCUGCACGCCAACAACAUGCAUAAGACGCCUCCGCCGGUGACGCCGGGUGAGGGCAAGCCGCCAGUACAUAGAAAGCCAAAGCCAUCCAAAGAACAUGAUAAGGCGGGGCGCGGCAAGUCCCUGUCGGCGUCCCCGGGCCGCACGCUGUCUCCGUCGCCCGCGCACUCCAAGGACGCCAGCGUCGACAAGGAGAUUAAUAAGCCGGCGACGGUGGAGGCCCGGCAGGUGGACGCGGCGGAGGUCAGUACCAAGCUGGAGGCGCUGCAGGUACACAACGGGGACGCACUGCCCGACGAUAAGGUAAACGAAAUCAAAGAAACAGUAGAAGUUAAGGAAGAAACGAAAAUCGAGCAAGUAACGGAGGUAACGAAACACGAAGAGAGAGCGAGCGAGAGGUCCGAGCAGAGACACAGGGAGGACAAGAAGGAGCCCUCCGUCGACAAGACUGAAGAUAAUGAAAUGACCGCGUCGAUGACGGCGCGGCGUAUAACGACGGAGGAGGAGGCGAAGGCCGCGCUGGCCGAGCGCCGCCGCCGCGCCAGGGAGGAACUCGAGAGGCAGGCCGAGCUCGAGCGACAGAGACUGCAACGCGAAGCCGAAGAAGAAGCAGAGCGGCAACGCCAGGAGGAGGAACGGCAACGUCGCGAGGAGGAGGAGGCGAGGGAACUGGCGCAACUACAGAGGCAGAUGGACGAGGAGAAACUCCGGAAGGCUAUCGAGGCACAACAGCAACUCGAACGCGAAGAAGCCGAACGCAAAGCUCGUGAGGAGGCAGAGAGGCAAGCGAGGCUUAAAGAGGAAGAGGAAAAGCGUAAGGCGGCCGAGGAGGCUGAGAAACUCCGCCGGGAGGAGGCAGAGAGGGAGGAGAAGGAACGACUCGCCAGGAAACAACGGGUCGAGGCCAUCAUGGCCAGGACUCGGCUUAGGAAGCAAGCAGAAGAAGACAAGAACAAGCAGUCAGCCCCUGCAGAGCCCGCUGCUCCUGCAGCCCCGGCAGCCCCCGCGGCCCCUGCGGCCCCUGUAGCCCCAGCGGCCCCCGCGCCAGUAGAAGUAGAGGCGGCCCCAGUACCAGUGUCGGGCCCCGCGGCCGAUAACGGCAACGUUACCGCGACCGCCGACCUCCUCGGGUUGGACUUCGCGCCGCCACAAGAGAACAAGUCCGUGGAAGUAGGCGGCGGGGAGCCAGCCCCCACCCCCGCCCCCCCACUACUACCACACAACACUCCCAACAACGGCAACGUCACUGCCGACCUACUGGGACUGUCCGACCAACUAGCUACUGAGGACAAAACCACAGAGCAGACGACGGCAAUCAAACUCCCGACCAACGAUAACGCGCCAAUAGCCAACACGCCAAUGGAGGCCAACAACGGCAACGUGCAGGCCAACAUUGGCCACAUAUCGGCCAACUUCAUCCAGACAGAACGCUUGUCUAGUGAGAGCCAAAAGAUGUCGGACGUGCCCAAGUUAUUGGACGAGGACUUCACCACGCACAACGGUCACGGGGCCGCCCACAACCACCCCCUGACGCUGCAGAAUGCGAUCUAAUCGUCUCUAACUAAGGUUGGUUAUUGAAUGCAGUCGGUUUUCAUUGCGUAUAUAUUGGCUGAUAGUCGUGGGUUGUGAUAGUGGCAUGCUAUUAUUCAUAGUGACGGUAGGUAGGUAUUUUUAUUGACCGGGAUUCUGACUGCCAAGGUAUUCCAAAGAAUAUAUACACAAGAGGUUUAAAUAUCUUUUUCAUGCUACUUGGUGGUCGAAUAAUACACGGAUAAGAUUACAGAGGGCAGCACAAGCUUGUCCCAUUUGUUUGUGUGUCACGGUGCUUUGAUAUUUUGUUCACACAUUAUUACUCUAUCUCAAAAACUUCUCAAAUAAAUUGUUUUUUUGUUAUUCAUCGUUGGUGCUAGUUAACGUUUUUAGAUAGAAAUGUAAUAGUAACAAAUUAUUGAACUAGACAAAGUGACCGGUUUAGUAGACGCUAGCUGAAAUAGUCCAACUGCCUUAGCAUUUAUACGUACGGAUAUUCUAUAGAAAUAUCUUUUAAAAUAAUAGGAUUUUCAUUACAAAAUUUUAAAGGUAAAAUAAAAAAAUACAACCAACAACGGCUCCGUUCGAGUCCGAAACUAGUCGAGCUACCUCGAAACUACAUUUUUCACAAGGGUAACACUUUUACCCUACAUCAAAGGGUUACUAGGGUAAAGACCAGUGGAAAGGGCGAUCUCUUCAAGCCAAUAUGUAUGCGUGAAAACGUGGUAAGAUAUGUAUGUCUGUCACUCUAGCUAUAACUAAAUACUAUAAACUAAAAUAUUUACUGAAACUAUUUAUUUCUAUUUAAAAUGCUUUCUUUAACUAGAUACAAAUCUUAUGGCCGUUUUCACUACUUAAGUAAGUGUUACUUAGUGAGGGAGUAUCUAAACUAACCCCUAACUGUUAGGUGUCACUUAUAGGUUGGUGUAAACCAAAAUGUUACUAAGUGUCACCUAUCUUACCUUAGGGGUUACUUAAAGAUAGAUGGUGAAAACGGCUAUUAAUUACUUAAACACAACUUGGUUUGUAGAUUUAAAAUAUGGUGAAUAUGUCCGUUUGUCUGUCAGUUCGUAUCAAUUUUGACAGUGACGUAAGACUGACGUGACCAUUUUCGCUAGUGGCUCCAUCUACACAUUGCAAUUUUUUGCAGUUUCUUUUAAAUAGUGUAAGAUUGCGUUAAUUGCAGUCCGUUUAAAUCUUAUGUAAUGAAUCCGUCACAUUUUAAUGUAGGAUUUUUUUAUAUAAAACCAGUUUUUAUUGUCCAGUGUUAGGUAAUAAAUAGAUACACAAAACGAACUAUAAAACCUAUUUUAUCUAUAGAAUGCUUUGUCUCAUUCACUCUUAGGUAAUUAGCUAUUAGAGUGAGCAAGAUAGAAGAUUCUAUAAAACUAAAGUUGUGUUUAAGUAAAAAAAGAAAAAAAUGCUAUUUAUUUAUUUUCACAGAGUGACAGAUAUAGAGGAAGGCACUAAAUUAUAUUAUUAUAUCAUAAAUUAAUGCAUUUAUUAUAAGUUAUCGCAAUCAUCCCGGUUUUACUUGUUUACUGCUGAAGUCAAAAUAUAAGCUUAUUUAAUUAUUCGUGUACAAUCAAGUUUUGAAAGUUGUAGAAGCGAGAUAAAGAAAAUUCUGACUUAUGUUCAAUGAAGUAAGGUUUAAAAUUGUACACCUAUUUAUUACUAUUAUAUACUGGUAAACACAAACUUUUGUUUAAUUUUGAUUCGUUACAAAUGGUUUUAAAGGAAAUUCUGUCUUAUGAUGAAUGAAAUAAGAUUAAAAAUUACAUGCAAUAAAAUGAUAAUGAAAUAUUUUUUUGUGUAGUAGUUUUCGCUUCUGCUAUAUUUCAAAACUAUGAUUAGCUAUAAUAGUUUUACUUGUAAAACUAAAAUAAUCUGUAAUAUUCAUGACUCAUACAAAAUUCGGUCGUUAAAUCGUGAUUUUCUUUGAUACAUUUUCAACCAUAAACCUUUUCUGAUAAAGUUGAAAAUCGUUUAAUAGAACUUUUCGAUAUAACAGCCGUUUGUUGUCGAGAUUUUCUGGUCGAAAUAUCUUCCCAUACACAUUGUUCUUAAAUAUAAAACUUGUAGUCGAAUCGAUUGCAAUAAUAUAUUGUUUAGACAACCAAUACUUAGUAUUAAGAUUAAAUAAUCAAAACAAUGUGUGAUUUUUAAAUGAAAUUAAAUGCCAGGCCGCUAGAUUUUUGUUUUCUAUUACUAUAAUUUUCACACUCAAACCACAAUUUUGGAAAGCAAUCUUAUGUCUUAAGAGACAAAGGUUAGAAUAGCAUGCGUCUAAGUUUUUGAGUGGUUUGAGUAGAAAUCGUAGAUACAGAAUAUAUUUUGUAAUACAGAACGAGCAUAAUAUUUAUUCAAUGCUAAAUGGUAGUAAGUAAACAGUAUAUUAAAAAAACUACAACCUUUUUAGACGGGUUUGUUUUUUUUUUCUUGGCGUUCUUUAUUCGAAAUUCCGUCUCGUCAUUGGUGUUGUGUGAUACGUUCGAAAUAAGUUCUAUUUUUAAUUUUGUAAUAUAAUUUAAAAACUUAUAUAAUUUUGAAUUUGCUUAUGUACUAGUAGUAAUUGUGAAAUUAGGCAAGCGCUGGCAAAUAAUGAAGGAAAUGUCUAAAGAAUGGAUUGGAAGGAAAAUAAUAACAAAUAUUAACUAAUAACGAAUGAAUUCGAGCAUUUAACGGGAGUUUACGUCAUCAAUUUUUAUUAAAAGACAAGUAAUUGAGCGGUAAUAGCUCUUACUAAUAAAUUUAAAUACGAAAUAACUAACUAUACAUCAUUAUCUAUAAGCCUUAACAACGAUUGGCUGCAUUUUCAUAACGAAGACAGAACCAAACCAAACGGUUGGUUUAAAAUAAAUACUAGAAAAUACACAAGGCUCAAAAAGCCGUAUUUGCGAUACCAACUGCAAAAUACAACAAACUUUAAGUUUGCUUACAGACAUGUCUCCGUAUUCAAUAAUAUAAUUAUAAUAUAAUAAAGAAUUAUUUACCUAAAUAAAUAAAAAAGUGUAUAGUUUCCUUAAUAAAAAGGGGAAAUUGAAGCUUGCAAGUUACACGCACAUAGACACUUGAAUACGGAUAGAUAAUGUCUAAACUGAAUUACGACGCUAUAAUUUGUUUUCCUAAAUAAAUAUUAUAGAAAAACAAUAAUAAGAUACAGUAUAUAUAUUUGGAGUCGAUGGAGUAAUGCUUAAUGAAGUUACGGUAAUGUAAUUUAAGUUAUUUAACAAGUUAUAUAAUUAUACAAAUUUUUGUAUGAUAGAUAGAUAGCAUUCAAUGUUAUUCGGCUUUUUAAACGAUGUUAUAAUAAAAAUAACUAGUUAUUUGAUGCCGUUUCGGUUGAUAAACGAGGUUACAAUGGGUUGCAUUAAUAUUAUUUUUCAACUGAACUAAGAUUCUAACAGUUUAAUAGUUAUUGUAUAAAUUAAUUAUUAUGUCUAAAGUUAUAGUUAUGUUUUCAUAUAAAAAGUGUUGCUGUCUAUUAUUAAUGUGUUAAGAUUUUUAAACUAUUAGCGUUUCAGUUCUUUCCCUGUUUUUUUUUUUAAUGAGUUUUCUAUGAAAAUGUAACUAGGACUGGUUGACCCGGGAGCUCGCUCCCUCUAACUGUAUAUUAUUCCAUAAUAUUUUCUUUCACAUAAUAUUAAUAGUAGUUUUUUCCAAUUCAACCUCUGUUUUGUGUUGAAUACAUUGUUUUGUGUGUUUAGCGAAGUUAGAUAAAGGUUAGUUAUUGAUAAUGUUGAAGGGGUAAUCUUGUUUUAGGGUAAAAUUACCCUUUCCUUAUGAAAGUGAUUACCCCCACAUUGUAUGUCGUUUGUGUAUGCGAGAUAUAUAUCCCAGUGUACUCAACACACCACAGAGGUACAUUCACAACACCUGUCACACAUCUGUCACUUUGACAUUGACACCUGUCUGACAGCUGUCGUAAAUGUCAAAUUUAACAAAUUUAUCAUACGAUUUUUGCUUGUAGGUAACAUUUGUACGAUUUGUGUUUUAUUUUGCUUAUACAACCACUUUUAAUCGUUCAAAUUAUAUAAAGAAAUCAUGUAGAUGUCUCACGGCCUUAAUAUUAUUAUACAAAUGUGUUUGGGACAGUGCCGCUCGUCGUUUGGAGUUCGUAUUUAUGCUGAUUUGUUCUGAAAUGAUUUGCGUCUAUUUUCAGAUAAACUUAGUACAUUCGAUGGUGUCUUACGGCGGGCAAACUGUUCUAGGAAGUGCUUGAAUGAACAUUUGUUUUUACAUACUAAAUAAUUUGGCAGUGUAGAACACAUUCAUAGAUAUAUAAUCUUGCCAACUUGUUAUCAAUGAAAUUGAAACUUUAAAACGUUCAACUGUCGUAUUAUUUAGUAGGUAUCUUGUACGAUGUGUUUUCAAGUACUUCCAAUGUAUAAUUUGUAAUAUUUUAUUAAAUUAACCAGUGUGACAGGUCGCCCUCGCUACCAAGUCGACCCUCAUGUUCCAUACAUAGUCUGAAUGUUAUAAUUAUAAGUUUAAAUGAGUUGACGAACGCCCCAAGUUGCGUAUAAUAAUAAUACACACUACAGGUACAGUGAACGCGACAAGAAUACCAAAAUAAGCUAGUCGAAAACAUAUUAUGUAAUUAUUGAAGAGAUUGUGCUGUUAAAUUAUUUUCAAAUUCAAAAUAAAUUGUUGGUUGUAGGUUUACGUAAUUUUAGUGAAUCAAGUAUGGCGGCCUGUCACACUGCACUCGCGCAUGUAUGCGUGUGUGCGUGUGUAUGUUGUACGUGUGUGUGUAAGGUCCAUUCAUCGGUACGGUUAGUAGUCGUUGAUGGCAAUGUUUGUUAUCAUAGAUAGAUGGGCAAGGCUUUAUGCGUUAUGUAACUACUGUAUUACGUUUAUAAACAUCAUGGAUUUAUUAAAUGAAACAAUUUUAAUACGAAAAAUAAAUACAAAGAAGUUA